AUGAACAGCAGUUCCUUCAUUCUCUUCCUCACCCUGGCCCUGGUGGCAUGUGUCACACCCGCAGAAAGGAAGUGCCUCCUCUCUGGGUCGUGGCGGAGCGAGACCGGCUGCUCCCCGGUUCCCUCCCGCCCGGGCCCUGCCGCUGGCAGCUCCGAAAUCCUCACCUCACCGCUGGAAGGGUCCCAGCAGGAUGCAGCACUGGUCCCACAGCCCAUCUUCUCCUUCACUGUGCACUGGCAGCUCAGAGACUCGGAGACAGAGCAGACAAGUACGUUCCUGGGCCAGUGUUACGUGGGCACCAAGGGGGAGGAGACCCUGCACACUAUGUGGCUCCUGCGAGAGGCAGCCGAAAGCUCCGCCGAGGACUGGAAAGCCACCCGGAUUGGCACCAGUGUUUUCACCCGGAUAAAAUAA